AUGUCCAACAUUUCAUCACCAAUGGCCCGUCGGGUCUCCUCGACCCCUCACUAUCAGACGUUCUCUACGCCGCCGCCAAAAUCAGCUGGCCGUCCUCUCUCUGCCGAGUCUGCGUCUACGAACCUCUCAUCGUCUCAUAAUGCGGGCGAACGUUCAGAGGCCCCGACCUCUACCCCCAUCCCUAUACAGCAAAUGUCUGUACUCGCAUUUAUCGCUCUAUGCGAGCAGACCGCGCUUAAUUCCAUAAGCCCUUAUCUACCGGCAAUGGCAGCCUCUUUUCCAGAGGUUGAGUCCCACGAAGUUGGGAUAUAUGUCGGUACGAUAGCAUCUGCGUUUGCGCUCGCGCAGUUUUCUACCAACUUUUUCUGGGGUUGGUUAUCGGACCGUAUUGGGAGAAAACCAGUCAUAUUAUUGGGAACUGCUCUUACUGCUGUGUGUUUUCUUGCCUUCGGCUUCUGUAAAACACUGUGGCAGGCCAUCGUCGUUCAACUCUUCAUGGGGCUGGUCAACGGGAACCAGGGGGUUGUCUCCACAUGUCUGGGGGAGAUAACAGAUCGCAGUAAUCAGUCGCGUGCUUUUACAUACCUACCAGUGAUAUAUGGAAUUGGAGGUAUUACUGGCCCACUCUUGGGAGGACUGCUUGCCCCAAAAGACGCAAAUGCCGAGGGCUACCCAUUUCUUGCCCCAAACCUCAUGUCUGCUGCUAUAUUGAUUGCAGACUUUAUAAUUACGUCAAUAUUUUUGGAAGAAAGUGUUGAAGGCGCGGAAAUGCUUCCUCGCAUUUACCGGAAGUUCCGCGACAUGUUUACCUGGCUGUGGCAAUUUAACAGCUCGUCCCGGCCAACCUAUCUGCGAAAUGACAACGAUGCAGAUUAUCCGCGACACCCUGUCCGCUACGGAGCCCAUCAUUACAGAGACUCUCUUGAUAGUGAUGAAGACAACGACGACGCCGACCUGAGCGUCACGCCUCUCUUCCCUCAUCGGUCCCAUAAUGAGGCACUCAACCGCGACGAAAUAUUCAACAGAGACAUGAUUCUACUACUUCUCACCUACCUUAUCUUCUCUCUGUCGAAUGUCUCGUUCAACUCUCUGUACCCUAUCUUCGCACAGGCGCCACCCCCCACCGGCCGAGAGUUCAAUCCAAAAGAGAUUGGCAUGUCCUUGGCGUUUGCUGGUAUUGUCACGAUAGUUUUCCAGAUAUGUGUGUUUGGAAGGCUUCGCGACAAGAUGGGCAACAGGUGGUCUUAUCGUGCUGGCCUACUUGGCUUUGUUGCAUCAUUUAUCCUAAUGCCUUUUAUCGGCUACAAAAACAAAGCAGGUGCCGAUAUAACUAUAUCUAAGCAAAAUGUCAUGGUUGCUAUAGAAGUAUGUGUAGUGUUGUUGAUCAAAACUGUCGCUACUGUUGGUGGUCUAACUAGCGCGUUACUAUUGAUCACCAAUUCUGCGCCAGAUCACUCUGUUCUAGGCUCCCUUAACGGCCUUGCUCAAACGCUCUCUGCAGCAGGCCGUGCUGUUGGGCCGUUUUUGUCUGGAAGCCUUUUCACGCUUGCCACAAAGGUACAGCCAAAGGGUGAGGCUCUUGCAUUCGGGGUUUUCGGCGGAGUAGCCUUUCUCGGGUUCUUGCUUAGCCUGGGCAUUCGUUCUCGCAACCUUGAAGCUGAGGGCUGGGGAGAGGAAGACGAUGACUGCGGAAAGUCAGAUGAAGAAGAUGGCGUUUAG